AUGAAGCUGAUGUAUGGUGGCCAAUGGCGUGAUCUGAUGGACAGCGAAUUACCAAGGCCAGCGAAAGUCUUAACACCAAGUUAUAUUAGUGGAGUGUCCUGCCAUGUCCGACCAUACCGACUCUCCUCGUUAAAAUGUCAGAAAACUGUGGAUACUUGCAGUGGAAAGCAGAUUACACUGAAAAUGAUUAAAGAAAGGAAAGAGAGGCUCUCAGGUAACAUGUUGGGUUUCUUCCUCCUUGACAUAAGGGUGCGGCAGCUAGAGUUAUCUCCGGCAUUAUCACGAGGCAAAACACCUGACAUGAAUGCGCGAACCUAUGCACACAUCAUGCAGGAAACACGUCUGAAAGGAGAAGAAGCCCUUAUCCGGAAAACAAUUCAGGAAAGAGCAAAGGAAGGAACUCUUCAAGCUGUGGCUACCAAUGGUGACGCACCAAAAGCUGCUCCAAGAAAGCGAGGCCGUUGGGAUCAGACAGCUGAUGAAACACCACAACCAAAGAAAAAAACAACAUGGGAAGCUGAAACUCCUUCUGUUGCUCGUUGGGAUGAGACUCCAGGUCGAGCCAAAGGAAGUGAGACGCCUGGUGCCACACCAGGACAGAGCACUCGUAUGUGGGAUGCCACACCAGGCCAUGCAACACCUGGCCAUGAAACACCUGUUCAUGACAAGGCUACUCCUUCAGCUCGACGAAAUCGGUGGGAUGAGACACCAAAAACAGAUCGUGGAGAAACUCCUGGACAUAACAGUGGCUGGGCUGAAACCCCUCGAACUGACCGUGGAGCUAGUGACCUCAUACAAGAAACCCCAACUCCAAGUGCCAGCAAGCGGCGCUCAAGAUGGGAUGAAACUCCAGCCGCACAAACUCCUGGUGCCACUCCAUCAGGAGCUAUGACCCCAUCAACACCCCACACACCCAGUAUGACUCCAGGAAUGAUGACUCCUGGGGGUAUAACUCCUGGAGGUACAACACCUGUUGGGCCAAAGGCUAUUGGUAUGGCUACUCCAUCACCAGGACAGCUGGUAAAUAUGACACCAGAACAAAUUCAUGCUUUCAGGUGGGAAAGGGAAAUUGACGAGAGGAAUAGGCCCAUGACAGAUGAAGAACUUGAUGCUCUAUUUCCUCCUGGGUAUGAAGUGCUACCACCACCUCAGGGUUAUGUUCCUAUAAGAACACCUGCACGUAAAUUAACAGCUACUCCAACACCAAUGAUAGGAACCCCUCAAGGAUUCUACAUGCAGAAGGAGGGCAUGACACCAAAGCAUGAUGACUCACAGCCCAAAGGGAAUUUGCCCUUACUGAAACCUGAAGAUGCCCAGUACUUUGAUAAACUUCUGCAAGAUGUUGAUGAGGAGAGCCUAAGCCCAGAAGAGCAAAAGGAAAGGAAAAUAAUGAAAUUGCUUCUCAAAAUAAAGAAUGGAACUCCUCCAAUGCGCAAGGCAGCACUACGCCAGAUUACAGAUAAAGCAAGAGAGUUUGGUGCCGGGCCUCUCUUUAACCAGAUUCUGCCCUUGCUAAUGUCCCCAACAUUGGAGGAUCAAGAACGACAUCUUUUGGUCAAAGUUAUUGACAGAGUUCUCUACAAACUUGAUGACCUGGUACGCCCUUAUGUUCAUAAGAUUCUUGUGGUCAUUGAACCUCUACUUAUUGAUGAAGAUUACUAUGCUCGUGUAGAAGGUAGAGAGAUCAUUAGUAAUUUGGCCAAAGCUGCUGGAUUAGCAACCAUGAUUUCCACAAUGAGACCUGAUAUUGAUAACAUUGAUGAAUACGUGCGUAACACGACUGCCCGAGCCUUUGCUGUUGUGGCCUCUGCCCUUGGGAUUCCAUCUUUGCUACCAUUUUUAAAGGCUGUUUGUAAGAGCAAAAAGUCAUGGCAGGCACGACAUACUGGUAUUAAAAUUGUACAGCAGAUUGCCAUCUUGAUGGGUUGUGCAAUUUUGCCACAUCUCCGUUCCCUUGUUGAAAUUAUUGAACAUGGACUUGUUGAUGAGCAACAGAAGGUGAGAACUAUCACUGCUCUUGCCUUGGCUGCACUGGCAGAAGCAGCAACACCUUAUGGUAUUGAGAGUUUUGAUUCUGUUUUGAAGCCUCUGUGGCGUGGUAUCCGACAGCACCGUGGCAAGGGUCUUGCUGCCUUUUUGAAAGCCAUUGGUUAUCUGAUUCCACUUAUGGAUGGAGAGUAUGCUGACUACUAUACAAGGGAAGUGAUGUUGAUCCUCAUUCGUGAAUUCCAAAGUCCUGAUGAAGAAAUGAAGAAGAUUGUGUUGAAGGUGGUCAAACAGUGUUGUGCCACAGAUGGUGUGGAACCAGGAUAUAUUAAGGAGGAGAUCCUACCCCACUUCUUCAAGCACUUUUGGAACCACAGAAUGGCUCUUGAUCGGCGAAAUUACCGCCAGCUAGUCGAUACAACUGUUGAGAUUGCAAAUAAAGUUGGAGCAUCUGAGAUUGUUAACCGUAUUGUAGAUGAUUUAAAAGAUGAAAAUGAGCAGUACCGUAAAAUGGUAAUGGAAACAAUUGAAAAGAUUAUGGCUAACUUAGGUGCAGCAGACAUUGAUUCUCGACUUGAAGAACAGUUGAUUGACGGUAUUCUUUAUGCAUUCCAGGAGCAGACUACAGAAGAUGUUGUUAUGCUCAAUGGAUUUGGUACCAUUGUUAAUGCUCUUGGAUCACGUGUCAAGGCUUACCUUCCUCAAAUUUGUGGUACUAUAUUGUGGCGCCUGAAUAAUAAGUCUGCCAAAGUGCGUCAACAAGCUGCAGAUCUGAUAUCUCGCAUUGCAGUAGUAAUGAAAACAUGCCAGGAAGAGAAACUGAUGGGACAUUUGGGUGUUGUGCUGUAUGAAUAUCUUGGUGAAGAAUAUCCCGAAGUUCUUGGGUCCAUUCUCGGUGCUUUGAAAGGUAUUGUGAAUGUUAUUGGAAUGCACAAAAUGAACCCUCCCAUCAAAGAUCUUCUCCCACGUCUUACUCCCAUUCUGAAGAACAGACAUGAAAAAGUACAAGAAAAUUGCAUUGACUUGGUAGGACGCAUUGCUGACAGAGGACCAGAGUAUGUGAGUCCUCGUGAAUGGAUGAGAAUUUGCUUUGAAUUGUUAGAACUUCUUAAAGCACACAAAAAAGCCAUCAGAAGAGCAACAGUAAACACAUUUGGUUAUAUUGCCAAAGCCAUUGGUCCACACGAUGUGCUUGCUACAUUAUUAAAUAACCUUAAGGUUCAAGAGCGACAAAAUCGAGUGUGUACAACUGUGGCUAUUGCUAUAGUCGCUGAGACAUGUUCCCCAUUUACAGUUCUCCCAGGUCUUAUGAAUGAAUACAGAGUUCCUGAACUGAAUGUCCAAAAUGGAGUUCUGAAGUCCCUUUCUUUCCUUUUUGAAUAUAUUGGUGAAAUGGGGAAAGAUUAUAUAUAUGCUGUCACAUCACUUCUGGAAGAUGCUCUCAUGGACAGAGAUUUAGUGCACAGGCAGACUGCAUGUGCAGCCAUCAAACAUAUGGCCAUUGGCGUUUAUGGUUUUGGUUGCGAAGAUGCACUGAUUCACUUGUUGAAUUAUGUAUGGCCUAAUAUCUUUGAGACAUCACCUCAUCUGGUCCAAGCUUUCAUGGACAGCAUUGAGGGACUCAGGGUGGCCCUUGGACCGCAGAAGAUUCUUCAGUAUGUGUUGCAGGGGCUUUUCCACCCAGCAAGAAAAGUUCGAGAUGUUUAUUGGAAAAUUUACAACAAUUUGUAUAUUGGCGCUCAAGAUGCUCUUGUGGCAGGGUAUCCACGGAUAUUAAAUACAGGCAACAACAUAUACUCCAGGGAUGAGCUUGAUUAUAUCUUGUAGUUGAUUUCUUUGUGAAAUGAUAUUUAGUGAAAAUGUUGGAUUAUUUUCUUACAAAGUUGUUUGUGUCUGUGUUUCGGGAUGGCUGUUUCCUUGUGUACAUGUAUACAUGCACAUUUCUGCACAGUUUUACUCUAUCUCCCACGCACACACACACACACACGCACAUACACGCACAUGCACACGCACACACACACGCACACACACAGACACGCACACUCGCACACACACAGACACGCACACACACACAUACACACAGACACGCACACACACACAUACAAACAGACACGCACACACACAUACACACACACGCACACACACACAUAGAUACUGGCAUGCAUGAAUGCACUCAUGUGUGUACACUUAAUUUUAUUUUAUUCUGUAUAUUAAUAUCAAUGGGUGAUUUUUGGAUCAUAAAAUGACCAUAGUAAAAUUUACAUCACGGCAGUAUUUUGUUUUCUCCACACUUUCAUUUGUACUCAUGGAGUAAGUGCUAAGUAUAGGCUAAUUGUAGCCCUUGUUUAGUCAUGGCACUGGAUCACUGUUGAAGAUGUCCAUUUUCACUUGAAGAUUGUAGGAUUACUUUCAGUUUCACUCACUGAUGCUGAACUUAAGCAUUGUGAUGUCCAUUAUAGUAUACAGAUUAUUUUGAAUGUAAAAUUAUUAAAUGGAGUGAUACCGGCAUUUUACAUGAAACAUUUUUAUAAGUACAAUACAAGUGAAAUUAGUUCUACAAACUUCAUCAAUUAUACUGGUGCAAGAUGAUGCAUCAUUGUCCAUAAUCUGUGCAUAGCAGAAACUGAUUUGUAUGGCAACAGAGUUAUAACCAAGUAGUUCGCAUAUCUUUCUGAAUGUAUACAAUAAGAAUGAUGGUAGUUGAUGGUCCGAAACUUAGUAGAUGCUGUCAAAAAGUACCUGACAUAAUGACCCUUUAGUCAUCAAGAAUUUAAGAGUUCGUAUGCCAUAUAUCAGACCGUUUAAGAAGCUAUGAAGAUUGCCUAACUUUCUACAUAUAAAAAAAAUGUAGGAGAGGAAUGUUUGUAAAGUACAACAAUUCUUUUUCGGGAACUGAUUUGUCUCCCAAGUUGAAAGUGAUGAAUGGUUGUUUCAUGUGUUAGAAAUUUAUGUAUUAUUGUAUUUGACCAAAUAUAUGGAUGAUUAUAAUAAUGUAAACAAAAAGUUUCAUAUUGGCAAAUGACAGCUCAUUAUAAGUUAGCAGAAGUUACCGUUCUCUAGAUCAUGUCAUAAUUUGAUAAUGUAGGAGUCAUAGAUUAAGUUAAUUCCUGUCUAACAAUCCAUCCUGCUUGUACUUUUAGGACCUGUCAUCUUUUGAGAUUUGAUUUUUUAAGUUUAUUUCAAAAAUACCGUUUUGAACACUACUCCCAAUAGAGUGUUGGAAUAAAAUAAUUAUAUUCAUAA